AUGGCUAAGAGGAAGUCGGAUGCUAGCGACAUGUCAUCUAGAGAUGCAGAUCCGAAGCGCGCAAGAACUGAUACGCCACAGUCGAUAGCUCCCAGGACGAUCACAUUUGCUGAAGUUUACCAGGACGGUAAAGCAGAAUACAAGCACAACAUCGUCAAAUUCGAGGACGUUUUCUAUAUUCUGCGAUGCGACGAGCAUGGCGUGCAUUUCAAGCAGAAUGCACUGGCUGCGGCAGCCAAGCACCUCCACGGCGCCUCGCACGGUCAUCAGAAGAAGGAGCACAAGUUGGCGGUUGAAACCAUUGGAUUUCAUGUCGUUGAUUGUACGGAGGAGCUUGCUGCAAUGAACAACGAAUGCGUCCGUCUUGCUUUCGAAAAUGGAUACAAGCCCCUGAACCAGCUGCACGGUCCGAAGUCCGGUGGUAAAAGACAGUCGGCCGCUCACACGAUGGCUCCAGUCAGGGACCCGUCUGUUUCCGAUUCAUCAUUCCAAGCACCUCAUAACAGCGUGGGAUCUUACCAAACGAAGUUGGACUCGAGAUCACAGGAAGAGAAACAGCAACGUGGUGGGGAUCACAUUAUGAAUCCAAUUCCAGGUGACAUUUACCAUGCAAAAUGGCCGAGGAGCAACAAGCUCUACAUUGUCAUGAUACUGGGCUGGACAUCUCUGAAGAUGUGCGGAUGGGAUGGCUGGCUCAGCGACACACAGCUUUGCGACAGGAAGAUCAGGCCUACUUGCUAUACGUACAAUGACGAAGGCAUUGGGGGUUGGGCGCCUGGCUACGGAGAUGGCGAGCCGCGUGAGUUGGAUAGGGACGUUCCCGUUUUGUGGUUUGAAAAGAAUGGCAACACUAGACUGGGUUGGCUUGGCGUCAAGUUCAUUCUGAAGCCUUUGCUCCUUGACGACCCUGACCGAUCUGCUGAUCCCUUGGACCCGGCCAACAACGCGAGAAAGAAGUAUGCUGAGAUCCGUGGGUACGACUCAUUCGAGGCCAUGCUGGCUCAUGUGCAGGCAAGGCAACCACCGGCCGGCGCAGAAGUAGAGUCGACGACAGAGACGGCGACGACGGCGACAAUUCCCGCGAAGCUGCCAUCAUUUGCUUCGGCAUCGGACUCGGAUCCCGUACCCGAUGUGGAUAUGUACGACUUUGGCGACAAUCCUCCUCCAGCUGACGAUUCGGAUGACGAAGAUUACGUGGAGCCGAAGCGCCGAAAUGGCCAGGAUUCAGAUGACGACAUGGCGGAUAUCGACGAAGGCCCAACUACACCUCAGCAGCCUCUCAGGCGCAGCACUCAAGAGGUGCGGCCUGCGUCGCGGUUGAGUGAGAGCAGUUGGAUGACGGGGAGAUCUGGAGCUGCUGCGGGCACUCGUCUGUCAGCCAAGAAAGACAAGGCAGCAGUAGAUAGGGAGGAUGUGGCAAUGGACGAUGCUAUCCAAGUAACGCCGUCCAAGGAUCGAGCCGACAGUAAGGAGAAGGCGACGCCCGUCCCCACGAACACCAAUGGAGGACCCGUUACAGUCGCUCUUGGAACCCCCGCGACACCUCAGCCAACAUCUGCAGAGAUCGCUGUAAAUGGGCCAACUCCAGUUCCCAAUCCCGCUCCUCAAACUGAUGGCAGCGCGCUUAAGAGCACCGCAUCACCAGGUUCGAGCCAGGCGACGGUUGUUUCGGCAACUGGCCGGUCUGCGCAUACUGAAACUGCCAGACAAAAUGCCGAAGAUGGUGCGCACGCGGCGGUAGAAGCUACAAAACUCCGGCAAGACAGCGAGAAGCAGUCUCAGGUGGACCAAGUAUCAAUGGCAAGUUUGGCCCAGAGCGCGAUGAAGGCUGCUACCAAAUCACCAAGCCUAGACAAGGAGGUUCCCCGUGUAAGCCCCAAGCUGCAAAUUGCAGACCUGGUAAACGACACAGCCGACUCCGAGAGCGCAGUCCGUCGGCCUCUACCAUCCAAGCCGUCCCCAGGCGUUAUUGAGCCAGCGCCACUCCGACAUCCAUUGCCUCAGAAGCCUAGUCAGGGUAUUCAUGUCGAUCAGAUGACAAGGGCUAGCCAGCAGCCUUCGCCUGCACUAUCCACCAAGAGUAUCAAAGAGGCAGCGUCGCCAGCGUUGAACAGCCCGUUUCCUCAGCCUCCGCGGAGUGCUAGCGCCGCCAGCGGCGAGAGCGCUGCUCGCCGGUCUGAUCCCCGCAUGAGCAUCGCGAGCAUGAGCAGCAGCAGUGCUCAUGAUGACCAGGAGCGAGGGGCGAUCAAGCAGACGGUGGUGAUCAGCACGAGCAACGGUACUGCUUCGGGUAGUAGCACUCCCAAGGUGUUGACGCACGCCAGCUUGGUCAACAGUGAGCAGUGGCGUGCAGUCCGGGCAUCCGAGUCACCUCGAGUCACGCCUGCGGCGCUCCAAUCGCCUCUCAUCGACCGAAGUGCGGCGGCAUCUCCUGCUCUGGGAGGCAGGAAAGACGUCGAAAACUUUAUCGAUGUGUCAGAGUUUCACCAGGGCAGUCAGCACUGGGCGCAGCCAGGAAAAUUCCUGCGCUUCCACGCCGAGGACGAAUCGAGCAGUAUCAUGCGAAGCAAGGAAGAAGACGGCAUGGAAGCCGUGGUGGAUGCUAGCCUAGUCAAGGCGGCAAAGAUGGCGGGAACGACAGUACAGCUGGAGCUCAAGACGGAGAAUAGCGAGAAGGCGGAGCAGAAGCUGGUGUUUGAGGCCAACUCGUUGACAGGCAGCCAACGCGGAGCCAAGCUGCAAGCGACCAAGUUCUACAAAUGGCUUUCGGGAAAGAACCCGGACAUGCAGCACCUGUAUUGA